AUGCAAGCGUACGUGCGUUAUAAAUUGGAGAUACAAGGUGACGUAGAAAAUGCUAGGACGAAGUUUGAGAAGGCCCUUGGAAUAAAAGAAGAUCGAAGAGCGAGAACGGCGUUAGCAAAGCUUAACAAGAAGAGAAGAAGUCCAUCGGUGGAAAUCUUGGAGAGGGAUCGAGACAUAGCGAAAUCAAGGCGCACGGCAGACAAUAAAAACGAAGAUGAGAAACGAAAGCGUCGACGAACACAAGAAUCAGAGCUUAAACGUGAGCGGCACGGCAACCGUGAAAAACUACGGGAAAUGGAAGAGUUCAUCAAAGCCUUACGCGAACAGAAAUGA